AUGGCCGAAGAGAAGAAUGAUGUCGGCAUUUCCUCUGGCGUGGAUACGGGCGCCGACGUGGAGAAGCUCAAAUAUAUUGACCCGACUAUUGAGAAGCAUGCACAUGAUGCCGACGAGGCUAUGAAGGCUUUAGGGGGGUUGCAGGGUGAAACUCUCGAGCUGGACGAAGCUACGAAUCGCCGCUUGCUGAAAAUUAUUGAUUGGCAUAUGAUGCCUAUUAUGUGUUUUGUCUAUGGCAUGAAUUAUCUCGAUAAAACUACUCUGUCCUAUGCUAGUGUGAUGGGCAUCAAGGACGAUCUGGAGCUUGAGGGAGAUGAAUAUCAGUGGCUUGGAAGUUUGUUCUACUUUGGUUACCUCGCCUGGGAGUACCCAACCAACCGCCUCCUUCAGCGCCUCCCGUUAGGCAAAUACUCCGCAGCCUGCAUCGUGAUCUGGGGGUUGAUUCUCAGCUGCUUCGCCGCUGUCAGCAACUACCCUGGUGCAAUUGCCAUCCGGUUCAUGCUCGGUGUUUUUGAAGCAGCCGUGACACCAGGAUUCGCUCUGUUGACCUCGCAGUGGUACACCAAGACCGAACAAGGCAGUCGCGUCAACAUCUGGUUCAGCUUCAACGGUGUCGGCCAGAUCCUCGGCGGAGUAGUCGCCUACGGCAUCGCCGUCGGCACCGAGAAGCACGGUUCCUCCAUCGAACCCUGGAAGAUCGUCUUCCUCUUCACCGGCCUGCUCACUAUCUUACUGGGCCUGAUUUUCCUCUGGAUCGUGCCAGACAACCAGCUGAAUGCGCGCUGGUUGAACGAAGAAGACCGGGUCCUGGCCGUUGCCCGUGUGCGCGUUAACCAGCAGGGUAUUGGAAACAAGCACUUCAAGCUGUAUCAGGUCAAGGAGGCGCUGUUGGAUCCUAUGACCUGGGCUUUCUUUUUCUAUGCUUUGAUUGCUGAUAUCCCCAAUGGUGGUAUUACCAAUUUCUUCAACCAAUUGAUCACCAGCUUUGGAUACGAUGAGAAAGACAGUUUGAUUCUCGGUGUCCCCGGCGGCGCAGUGGAGAUCGUUGCACUGUUGCUCAAUGGCUAUAUCGGACAUAUCACUGGACAGCGCAUCCUGACCAGUUUGGGUGGUCUUGUGGCUGCCAUCGUGGGAAUGCUGCUGAUUGUCGCCCUCCCGCUGUCAAAUAACGUCGGUCGCUUGAUUGGUUACUACCUCACCCAAGGCAGUCCCACACCUUUUGUGGCGUUGCUGUCGCUGAUUUCCUCCAAUGUUGCGGGGUAUACCAAGAAGACGACAGUAGCAGCGUUGUACCUGAUUGGAUACUGCGUUGGAAAUAUCCUUGGCCCACAAACCUUCCGCCCCGAACAUGCCCCCCGCUAUGUCCCCGCUGAGGUGACUAUUAUCGUCUGUUGGGGUGUGUGUCUUUUCUUGCUGGUUGGGGUCUGGAUGUGGUAUCGUCGUGAGAAUCAGAAGAAGAAGCUUUUCACCGCCCGACCGGAAUAUGUGCGACUGGAGAAUCAAGAGUGGCUGGAUUUGACAGAUCGGGAGAAUCCCGAAUUCAUUUAUUCUCUAUAG